CCUCUGUGUGUCCCCAUGUGCAUCCUACAUACUAUCGUAACGCCGGUGGCCGUCGGUGCAUCGGGUGUCGGUGGUGUUGGUGAUGCCUCCAGGGGUAUAUAUACGACGAGCGCUGCGGGGCUUGAUAAACACUUGCCCAUCAGCGAUUACUGCCGCAGCAUGUACACGUCAUUGGUAGCCUUAAUCGCAUUGGCAGUCUGCGCCGCGGCAGCGCCCGCCGACGAGCCAAUACCGAUUAUCAGCCAGAGCCAGGAGGGUCCCAAUCCAGACGGGUCGUACAAGUGGAAUUAUGAGACCGGUAACGGUAUCAAGGCCGAAGAGGAGGGCCACCUGGAGGAUGUCGGCACCGACGACGAGGCGAUGAAGGCGGAGGGUGGCUUCAGCUACGCGAGCGACGACGGCCAGGCGAUCUCUUUGACGUACGUGGCCGACAAGAACGGCUUCCAGCCGGUGGGCGCUCAUCUGCCCACCACGCCGGAAAUCCCGCCGCUGAUACUGAAGGCCCUCGAGUGGAACGCGGCGCAUCCGUCCAAGGAUGACGAGAACCAGGUGUAAAACAGCGACCCCCCGGCGCCGCCGUCCAGCAUGUGAUCUCACGACCUCCACGAGUAUAAUUAUUCCGCCAUGAGAAUGGAAGACGAUUUUAAUAUAAUGAACCCACGGUGACACCCGGACGACGCGAGUGCUGUCGUCGGCCGCGUGUCGUUGUCCUCGCCCUCGUAACGAACACGAAUUGCUCUGGUUCAAAUUGUUGUAAAUAUUUAUUGUACGCGAUAUUGUAUACACACACACACACACACACACAUGCGUAUUUUAUUAUAUAUUGUAUUGUAUUAAUAUAUUAUAUAUAUUUGAAGAGACGCAAAUAUAUAUGUACCAUGACUAUGUAACUAACUCAUCGUUAGACAUAUAUGUCACGGUGCAUUAAGAAUAAACGUUGCAUCCCAGGAGA